AGCGCAGCGCAGUGCUGGCUCUCAGCUGAUGCACUCACAUCAGACCAAGCCUGGAUGUUUUUCCCCCUGCUUUGCUCUGCUGUUGUUCCUCCGGUCCAUUCAUUGGAGGGACGGAUCGUCCACCGUCUGCCCCCCCAGAAACUUUAUGACGGAGCCAAAACGCUCCUGCUGGCUUUCCUCUGGCAGCGACACAGAGGAGGGACGGGGAGUCUGGAGAGCUCAGGCUGAUCAGUAGAGUGGUCUGAUUCUAUAAAAGAGACAGAGAGAAAGCGAGACGCUCCAGCAGCAUCACCGAACCCCCCUCCCCACCCUUCUCCUAUAGACCCCCUUCUGUCUGGGUGACAGUCUCCCCAAUAACAAGCCUUCGGUCGAGACAGGCGGUUUGGUGGCGACCAGGAAACAUGUCACAGACUAGGAGGAGCACGUACACCCGGACCACCAGCAGCGGCAGCAGCAGGAUGAGCUCGGACGGGGGCGGGCGUCCCGUCAAAGUGGGCUCCCUGGUGGAGGUGAUUGGGAAGGGGCAGCAGGGCACGGUGGCCUACAUCGGAAACACUCUGUUUGCCUCCGGAAAAUGGGUGGGGGUCAUCCUGGACGAGGCCAAGGGCAAGAACGACGGCACCGUGCAGGGCAAACGCUACUUCACCUGCGAGGAGAACCGGGGGAUAUUUGUGAGACAAUCACAGAUCCAGCUGGUUGAUGAUGGGGCCGACACAACGUCUCCAGAGACGCCUGAGCCCGGCACAGGCAAGGUUCCCAAACGAGAGAUCCUGGAGACGCCCAAGUCCACUAAACUGCGAGGAGUGAAGCCUAAAAAGACUCCUGCACCCCGGAAGACUACGGCCAGAAGGCCAAAGCAGCCCAGCCGACCUGCAGGGGGAAAGGGGGCUGCGUCCGGCUCGGCCUCGGCCUCUGCGGGGGAGAUGAGCAGCAGCGAGCCCAGCACUCCGGCCCAGACCCCUCUGGCGGCUCCGGUCAUCCCUACCCUCCACUCCCCUGGAAACGCUCCGGCACCUGUCCCCACCAAGGAGGAGGUCACUAUGGAAACACAGGAGGAGGAGGCGUUGCGUGUUCAGGUGAAGGACCUGGAGGAGAAGCUGGAGACACUGAAGAUGAAGCGGACGGAGGACAAGGCCAAGCUGAAAGAGCUGGAGAAGCACAAGAUCCAGCUGGAGCAGCUGCAGGAGUGGAAGAACAAGAUGCAGGAGCAGCAGGCCGAGCUGCAGAAACAACUCAAAGAGGCCAAGAGGGAGGCAAAAGAAGCCCUGGAGGCAAAGGAGCAUUACAUGGAGGAGAUGUCGGACACAGCGGACGCGAUCGAGAUGGCCACCCUGGACAAGGAGAUGGCCGAGGAGAGAGCCGAGUCCCUGCAGCUGGAGGUGGACUCGCUCAAAGAGAAAGUGGACGAGCUCACCAUGGACCUGGAGAUCCUCAAGCACGAGAUCGAGGAGAAAGGUUCGGAUGGCGCUGCCUCCAGUUACCAUGUGAAACAGCUGGAAGAGCAGAAUGGCAGACUGAAGGAAGCCCUGGUCAGGAUGCGUGACCUGUCAUCGUCGGAGAAGCAGGAACAUGUGAAGUUGCAGAAGCAGAUGGAGAAGAAGAACGUGGAGCUGGACUCUCUGAGGAGCCAGAAAGAGAAACUGCAGGAGGAGAUGACGGCGGCAGAAAAGACCAUCGACGAGCUCAAAGAACAGGUGGAUGCAGCUCUGGGAGCGGAGGAGAUGGUGGAGAUGCUGACUGAGAGGAACCUGGACCUGGAGGAGAAAGUCAGGGAGAUGAGAGAGACGGUCACUGACCUGGAAGCUAUAAAUGAGAUGAACGACGAGCUGCAGGAGAACGCCAGAGAGACGGAGUUGGAGCUGAGGGAGAUGUUGGAUCUGGGCGCUGCGAAGGUCCGAGAGUCUGAGAAACACGUUGAAGCUGCGCAGGAGACCGUAGCCGAUUACCAGCAGACCAUCAAGAAAUACCGCGAGCUCACAGCUCACCUGCAGGAGGUGAACAGAGAGCUGACGAGCCAGCAGGAAGCCUCAGCAGAGCUGCAGCAGCAGCCGCCGGCGGAGAUGUUUGAUUUCAAGAUUAAAUUUGCAGAGACCAAGGCCUACGCCAAGGCCAUUGAGAUGGAGCUGAGGAAGAUGGAGGUGAGUCAGGCCAACAGACACGUUUCCCUUCUGACCUCCUUCAUGCCCGAGUCCUUCCUUCGUCACGGCGGAGACCACGACUGCAUCCUGGUGCUGCUGCUCAUACCCAGACUCAUCUGCAAGGCGGAGCUGAUCAGUAAACAGGCCCAGGAGAAGUUUGAUCUGAAUGAGAACUGUGUGGAGCGAGCCGGGCUGAGGGGAGCCGUCGGGGAGCAGCUUAGCUUCGCUGGCGGUUUGGUCUACUCUCUCAGUCUGCUGCAGGCCACGCUGCAUAAAUAUGAGCAGGCUCUGGCUCAGUGCAGUGUGGAUGUCUAUAAGAAGAUCGGCUCUUUGUACCCGGAGAUGAGCGUCCAUGAGCGUUCUCUGGAUGUCCUCAUCGACCUGCUGCACAAAGACCAGCUGGACGAGACGGUCAACGUGGAGCCGCUCACCAAGGCCAUCAAAUACUAUCAGCACCUGUACAGCAUCCACCUGGCAGAUCAGGACGAGGACUGCACCAUGCAGCUGGCCGAUCACAUCAGAUUUACCCAGAGUGCCUUGGACUGCAUGGCGGUGGAGGUGGGUCGUCUGCGGGCGUUCCUGCACGCGGGCCAGGAGAAGGCCGACCUCGCCGUGCUGCUGAAGGACCUGGAGACGUCCUGCAGUGACAUCCGACAGUUCUGCAAGAAGAUCCGCCGCAGGAUGCCCGGAACCGACGCGCCGGGCAUCCCAGCAGCACUCGACUUCGGACAACAGGUGUGCGACACCCUCUCCGACUGCAGGAAACACCUGACCUGGGUGGUGGCCGUGCUGCAGGAAGUGGCGGCAGCUGGAGCUCAGAUGAUGGCUCCUCUCGGUGAACAGGAGGGGCUGUCAGCCGUCAAACUGGAGGAUGUGGCGUUCAAGGCAGGAGAGCAGAUUUAUGGAUCCCAGGGUGCCAACCCCUACGAUUGUCUGCGGCAGUCCUGUGGCAUCGUCAUAGCAACCAUGAACAAGAUGGCCACCGCCAUGCAGGAGGGAGAAUAUGACUCAGAGAGGCCUCAAAACAAGAACCCUCUACCCGUGGACCUGCGAGGGGCGGCUCUCCGAGCUGAAAUCACCGACGCCGAAGGUCUCGGCUUGAAGCUGGAGGACAGAGAAACAGUCAUCAAAGAGCUGAAGAAGUCCCUCAAGAUCAAGGGAGAGGAGCUGAGCGAGGCAAGCGUCCGUCUCAGUCUGCUGGAAAAGAAGCUGGACAGUUCGUCCAAGGACGCAGACGAACGUGUUGAAAAGAUUCAGACUCGACUGGACGAUGCCCAGACUCUGCUGAAGAAGAAAGAGAAGGAGUUUGAGGAGACGAUGGACGCUCUGCAGGCCGACAUCGACCAGCUGGAGUCGGAGAAGGCCGAGCUGAAGCAGCGAAUGAACAGCCAAUCCAAGAUGACCGUGGACGGGCUGAGAGGAACCGGGCCGUCGGGAAUCGCUUCCAUCGUCACCGGAGUGGCAGGAGAGGAACAAAAAGUGACCAUGAUGCCAGGUGUCGGUUCAGGUUCGGGUGUCCAGGUGAUUGACUCUCCUCUGCUGACUCAGCAGAUUGAAGCUCAGAGACUCUGCAUCAAACACCUUAAGAACGACAACAACCGGCUGAAGGCUGAAAAGAUGCGCGCUCAGCUCGCCUCUCUGCCUCCUCUACACGUGACCAAACUUCCCUCAAGGGACGGAGGUCGCCCUAAAGUGCUCUCCAGCGGCCUCUACCGCAAGACCGACCAGCUUCUGGAGACUCUGCUGCAAAUGAGUGCCAACGUCAAGGUGGUGGACAUCACUGGGAAAUCUCCAGUGAUGCCUAGUGCUCAGCUUCUGGAACAGACUGCUAGAUUACAGUCCUUGAGUGACACUCUGGGCAGGUUGAAGGAUGAAGUAGCAGAGCACGUCGUCCACCAGCAACCCGGAGCUCGAGUCUCGUCGGAUUUUGCGACGUUUCCUUCGACCUCGUUUGUUAAAGCAAAGGAGGAGAAGCAGUGCGACACGGUGCUGGUGGGUCGGGUCAUGGUGCCGUGUACCCGCGGUCAGGAGCAGGUCCACCGGCUUGUCCUAUCCCAGUCUCAGCUGCAGAGAGUUCACAGUCUGCUGCGAACCUAAACUUCACCUGCACUGCCAUCCGGCUUGCUGCACCACCACCCACAACAUGUGCUUCCAAACAAGAAGGUAUUUCAGAUUACAAGUGGAGAGAUUACAACCUGCAGGAAAUUGUCGGGGCUGUGGCUUGACAGUAAACUGAUUAUAU